UAGCUUUACCAUUUUUAGGUACAGAGGACAAUCUGGCCAGAGCAUCCUCUGUGUUUUGCAGAAGUGAGGGCUGGUGACUGGAUGAUUCCCUGCCAUUUGAACUGAAGGAUGGCUGCUCUUAGCACAAGGCUCUGGGUGCUCCAGGCAAACCUCUGGCUCAUGUCCUUGGUCACAGGUGGGAUCUCAGCAGACAAUAACAGCACCAGGAACAGCACAGAUGGUAGGUGCCCCAUGGUGCAGCAGCACCCGCGCUACGUGGCGGCCAAGAAGAACAUGCCUGUCCACUUCAUCUGCUACACCCAGGAGCCCCAUAGAAUGCAGUGGUACAAACUGGUGGAGGACAGCGAUGACCUCUACGAGCUGGAUCACAACAGCUCCCACUACAGCAUCGUGAGGAAAGACAAACUCAUUAACUUCACCAUCUUCAAGAUCACCUACAAGGACAAUGGCAUCUAUGUGUGUGACAGCAAGAACCUCACGGCGGAGAAGAAGCAGCCACACUUGUGUGGGACAGAGCUCAGAGUCAUGGGUCACAGCAAUAUCCAGCAGAUUCAGAACAGGAACACACUGAAAGAUGCCAUCAUCAUCAUCCAGUCCAUCCUGCUGGUCGUCUUUAUCAGCAUCCCCAUGCUCCUCUUCCUAGAUAAAGGUGAAAGCAAGGAAAGCCCAGAGGAGGACCACACCUAUGAGGGCCUGGAAGUGGACCAGAUGGCCACCUAUGAGGACAUCACACCUUUCCGGGAUGUGAAGGCCAAGUGGACAGUUGGGGAGCACCCAGGAGAGGAGUGAGUGGUCCUGCACCCACUACCAGGCCAGCACCAAUAGCACAGUUCGCUGCUGGCACCCUCAGGGAUGGGCCCCUCGCUCCUGCCCUGGACCACGGCUCUGACAGGUGCCUGGAUCCUGGGCUACGAUCCUGGGCUGCAAGACACCUCCAGCAGCUCUGCAUGGAGCUCAGGUCCUGCUGCCCUUGGGUACUUGCUUUGCCGCGUCCAGACUGUGACCACCAAGGCCACCCUGCCCUAGCUGUCGCUCUCACUGCCCUGCUGCUGAACCCCUUAAGCCUAUGUAGAAACUAGGAGACACCUGAAACCCUCCCAGUAGCAAACUGGCCCCAGCCCUGGGACAGACCCACACCACGAUGCUGAGCAUGGCUGAUGCGAUGGAAGUACCAGAGUGGUUGAUGAGUCUACUCCAGCCCCACCACCACUGGGAAGGAGAGAACCAGGCACAGUCACUCUCUAUCCUGCAAGGACCCUCCUAGGCUAUGAGACCACUGCAGCCCUGGCAGAGGAGCUGACGUGAGCAGCACCACGUGAGGCUUAUGAGAAGUGAAUUUUGGGCCACCAUUUAGCUCUCAAGCCAUGGGCAUGUCCAGCAGGCCAAGCUGGAAGUUGGCUGAGAUGGAGGAUCCUCCAAAAACACCUCUUCCUCCCCAAAGACUACAGGAAAGUUGAGGAGAUAACUCUUGCCCAGACGGUCUUGCACAAGGCUUGCUACUCUCCAUGCAAGAGCUGGCCCAUGUCAUGAAGACAUUCCCAUGGUGAGGGACACAUGUGACCUCAGAACCUAUAGGAAAGAUGUAAACUGUGGGACACAAUGUCCUCUUGCUUUUCCUUGUCCUAAUAAAAGUAAUGGGCAAAUUCACGUCCUGCUCCAUCCUGCUGUUCCCAGUCCGAGGAUGUCGCAUAAUCUUGAUGGCAGUGUGGGAUGCCCCUGGGAAUGAGGAGCAGCUUUUCAUAGGUUCAGUUUAGCUAAAAACCAAACUUCUUGUCAUCAGGGAUAUAAAGCUGAAAGCAGCUUUGGGGCCCUCCCAGAAGCUCUUGCCAAGCGUGCACUGGAGGACCUCCAUGGUCCCAAGACAUGGGCUUGAGAUGAGACAGAUAUUGCUAGGACCAAAGCAGGAGAACCGGGCCCAGGGCCAGGAGCUCUGCUCCCAGCUACAUCUGGUCUUGCAAGCGAAGCCAAAAAGCCAUCUGGAGAGGAACUGAGCAGCGCUAAUUGGUUUUGUUAGUAAAAACUAUCUCGGCAUGGCAGCAACAGCUGAGUGGGUGCUGGUACUCAGAGUUAUUUGGGCACCAGCAGAGCUCAGGAGGUCUGGAGAGGCAUGGCUGGCACAGCACAGUGGGUUUGGAUGGAUGAGGAAGGACCAGGGUGGGACAAGGACUGUGGGGCUGGAAGGCCAUCUCUGCAGCUCAUGACGCUUUGGGCCCUGUGGAGAGGAAGACAGGAUGGCUCUGAAGGGAGGGUAAAAUCCUGAGCCCCCGUUUCAGCAUGGAAUGGUUCUUCUUUACCACCAAACCACCUUCAUGGAAAAGUGGAAUUCAACCUAAAUAGCACAAACCCAACAUUUUAAGGUCGAUUUUCACUAGUUAAAUAAAACUACCCCGAAUUAGUUGCAUGCACACGUAUAUGAAAGUCACUUAAACACGUUUUACUUAUAGAAUUGAUUCAUUAAAGAAAGGAGAGCUCACAGUGAGAGAAGUGAACUGAUUCUUCCUGGUUUCCACAUUCAUGAAGAUUUUAGGACUAGCAGAGCUCAUCCCUUCAUCCCUUGUUUUCAGUUACAAAAUGGAAGAGGAAGGGAAGUUUUCCAGCCCUUCCCAAGCUCCCAACCACUUUCUCAGCUCUGCGUAAACAAUUUGCUUACAUGACUUAAUAAUAUGAAGAUCAGGAGGAUCUUCUGCUUGCACCUGGAGAGGAAGCCACCAAUGUCAAAAGGAGUUUCAGCAACCUCAGUUCCACUCUGCCGCUUGGCCACCCUCUCAGCCCAGGGCUUUGGUUUCCUUUCAAACUCCAGAAGCAAGUAAAUAUUUCUAUAAUGUUAGUGCUUCAUUUUAAAUGCUUAGAUUAAUGUCUAGGGAGCUGAAAACGAGGGCUUGGUUUAAUUUUAUAUUAAGAUGGGUUUGUAUUUAAAAUGCAUUUAAUGUAAA